UUCAUUCAUUGUAUAUGUGGCAAACUACUCCAUUAUUACAUUAUUCGUCAUAUUUCUCAGAAUUAGAACAAAUACCAACCCCCUUUCUUUCUUAAUGUAGAAUUCAAUAGAUUUACACCGCGAUUUUCUAGAGUCGCAUUUGGUCCUAUUCAGUGUAGUUGUCACGGUAAAUUGAAUAAUUAUGGCGCAAGUUUUACCUAUACGUUUCCAAGAGCAUUUACAGCUCACAAAUGUGGGCAUCAAUCCAGCAUCAAUAUCAUUCAACACACUCACCAUGGAAUCGGAUAAGUUCAUCUGUGUCCGUGAGAAGGUUGGCGAGACUGCAGAGGUGGUCAUCAUUGAUAUGGCGGAUCCCACCAAUCCUAUCCGCAGGCCAAUCAGUGCUGAUUCUGCUAUCAUGAACCCAGCUAGCAAGGUCAUCGCACUUAAGGGGAAGGCUGGAGUAGAAGCUCAAAAAACGCUCCAAAUCUUCAACAUUGAGAUGAAGUCGAAGAUGAAGGCACACACCAUGACUGAAGAUGUGGUCUUUUGGAAAUGGAUCUCCCUGAACACGCUGGCACUGGUAACCAAGAUGUCUGUGUACCAUUGGUCCAUGGAAGGGGACUCCACGCCCGUCAAAAUGUUCGACAGGCAUUCAUCGCUCGCCGACUGCCAAAUCAUCAAUUACCGGACUGAUCCGAAGCAGCAGUGGUUGUUGCUAGUUGGUAUUUCGGCACAACAAAACCGCGUAGUAGGUGCAAUGCAACUCUAUUCAGUAGAGCGCAAGUGUUCGCAGCCCAUCGAAGGUCACGCAGCUUCGUUCGCUACCUUCAAAGCCGAAGGCAAUGCAGAGCCCUCAACACUUUUCUGUUUCGCUGUCAGAACGGCGCAAGGUGGAAAGCUACAUAUCAUUGAGGUGGGCCAGACCCCUUCGGGUAAUCAACCCUUUCCCAAGAAAGCUGUCGAUGUGUUUUUCCCGGCCGAAGCUCAGAACGACUUUCCAGUUGCCAUGCAAGUCUCCCCGAAGUAUGAUGUGAUAUAUUUGAUCACUAAGUAUGGUUACAUCCAUAUGUACGAUAUCGAAACCGGAACAUGCAUCUACAUGAACCGCAUUUCAUCUGAUACCAUAUUCGUGACCGCGCCCCAUGAAGCAACCGGCGGUAUUAUUGGUGUGAACCGCAAAGGACAAGUCCUGUCAGUAACAGUAGAAGAGGACUCCAUAGUGCCGUAUAUAAACACGGUGCUACAGAAUCCCGAGCUGGCUUUGCGUCUGGCGGUCCGCAACAAUCUUGCCGGAGCUGAGGAGCUGUUUGUGAGGAAAUUCAACAUGCUUUUCACCAAUGGACAGUACGGCGAGGCCGCUAAGGUAGCAGCAAUGGCUCCCCGUGGUAUACUCCGGACACCCCAAACCAUCCAGCGAUUCCAGCAGGUGCCAACACAACCAGGGCAGACUUCACCACUGUUGCAGUACUUCGGUAUACUGCUCGACCAGGCGCAACUUAACAAGUUCGAGUCACUCGAGCUGUGCCGCCCAGUGCUGCUACAAGGCCGUAAACAACUGCUUGAGAAAUGGCUGAAGGAGGAAAAGUUGGAAUGUUCUGAAGAACUGGGUGAUUUGGUGAAGCAGGUUGAUCCGACGCUCGCACUUUCCGUAUAUCUGCGUGCUAAUGUAGCCAGCAAAGUGAUACAAUGCUUUGCCGAGACUGGCCAGUUCCAGAAGAUCGUCUUGUAUGCUAAGAAGGUUGGCUACACACCUGAUUAUAUUUUCCUGCUCCGCUCCGUCAUGCGUACGAACCCGGAGCAAGGCGCUGGAUUCGCGGGCAUGCUGGUCGCCGAAGAGCCUCCCUUAGCCGACAUCAAUCAGAUAGUAGAUGUGUUCAUGGAACAAAACAUGGUGCAGCAAUGUACUGCAUUCCUACUGGACGCUCUCAAGAAUAACAGACCCGAAGAAGGACCACUCCAAACUAGAUUGCUGGAAAUGAACCUUAUGUCGGCGCCUCAGGUGGCAGAUGCGAUCCUUGGUAACGCGAUGUUUACUCAUUACGACCGCGCGCACGUCGCGCAACUGUGCGAGAAGGCUGGACUGCUGCAACGAGCGCUCGAGCAUUACACCGAUCUCUACGACAUCAAACGUGCAGUUGUGCACACCCACUUGCUGUCUGCUGAUUGGCUGGUCACAUACUUCGGAAGUCUGUCUGUUGAAGACUCCCUUGAGUGUUUGAAGGCCAUGCUGCAAGCCAACAUUCGUCAGAAUUUGCAGAUCUGCGUCCAAAUUGCCACGAAAUAUCAUGAGCAACUCACUACCAAGGCUCUGAUUGAGCUGUUUGAAAGCUUCAAGACUUAUGAGGGGCUAUUCUACUUCCUCGGAUCAAUUGUUAACUUCAGCCAGGAUUCGGAAGUCCACUUCAAAUAUAUUCAGGCUGCGUGUAAGACUGGCCAGAUCAAGGAAGUGGAACGUAUAUGUCGCGAAUCGAACUGCUACAACGCGGAGCGAGUGAAGAAUUUCCUCAAAGAGGCUAAGUUGCCCGACCAACUUCCUCUUAUAAUCGUUUGCGAUCGCUUCGACUUCGUGCACGAUCUUGUACUUUACCUUUACAGGAACAGCCUGCAGAAGUAUAUUGAGAUUUACGUACAGAAGGUGAACCCCUCCCGCCUUCCCGUGGUCGUCGGUGGUCUACUAGAUGUAGACUGUGCUGAGGAUAUAAUCAAGAACCUGAUAUUGGUGGUGCGUGGACAGUUCUCCACUGAUGAACUUGUUGCAGAAGUUGAAAAGAGGAAUAGGCUAAAACUUCUGCUGCCGUGGUUGGAGACGCGCGUGCAUGAGGGAUGCAAUGAGCCGGCCACACAUAAUGCACUCGCUAAAAUUUACAUCGAUUCUAACAAUAACCCAGAACGAUUCCUCAAGGAAAACCAAUGGUACGACUCACGCGUGGUGGGCCGCUACUGCGAGAAGCGCGAUCCUCACCUGGCAUGCGUAGCCUACGAGCGCGGGCAGUGCGAUCGCGAGCUGAUCGCCGUCUGCAACGACAACUCACUGUUCAAGACGCAGGCGCGGUACCUCGUACGCCGCCGCGACCAAGACCUCUGGCUCGAAGUGCUUAACGAGGAGAAUCCUUACAAGCGGCAACUCAUUGAUCAGGUAGUCCAAACCGCGCUCUCCGAGACACAAGACCCUGAAGAUAUAUCAGUUACAGUGAAGGCAUUCAUGACAGCAGACUUGCCAAAUGAACUGAUUGAAUUGCUCGAGAAGAUUGUUCUUGACAACUCUGUAUUUUCUGACCACAGGAAUUUGCAGAAUCUUCUUAUUCUGACAGCGAUAAAGGCCGACCGCACGCGUGUGAUGGAAUACAUAAACCGUUUGGACAACUAUGAUGCCCCAGACAUUGCCAACAUAGCUAUCAACAAUGAACUUUAUGAGGAGGCUUUCGCUAUAUUCAAGAAGUUUGAUGUCAACACUUCUGCCAUUCAGGUGUUGAUUGAGCAAGUGAAAGAUUUGGAGCGUGCUUACGAGUUCGCGGAGCGUUGCAACGAGCCCGGCGUGUGGUCGCAGCUGGCAAAGGCACAAUUGCAGCAGGGACUUGUGAAGGAAGCGAUCGACUCUUAUAUUAAAGCCGAUGAUCCAUCUGCGUACAUGGAUGUCGUAGCCACCGCCACUAAGCAGCAAUCCUGGGAAGACCUCGUGCGGUAUUUGCAGAUGGCCCGCAAGAAAGCUCGCGAAUCUUACAUUGAGUCUGAGUUGAUAUACGCAUACGCCCGGACUGGCCGCCUCGCGGACUUGGAGGAGUUCAUCUCGGGGCCCAAUCAUGCAGACAUACAGAAAAUCGGAGACCGGUGCUUCGAUGACAAAAUGUACAAUGCUGCUAAACUGUUGUACAACAACGUCAGCAACUUUGCAAGGCUCGCCAUCACACUUGUACACCUUAAAGAAUUUCAAGGCGCGGUGGACAGUGCGCGCAAAGCGAACUCGACUCGCACGUGGAAAGAGGUGUGCUUCGCUUGCGUGGACGCCGGCGAGUUCCGUCUCGCUCAGAUGUGCGGCCUGCACAUCGUCGUACACGCGGACGAACUCGAGGACCUCAUCAACUAUUACCAGGACCGAGGUCACUUCGACGAGCUAAUCAGUCUACUAGAGGCGGCGCUGGGUCUGGAGCGCGCGCACAUGGGCAUGUUCACGGAGCUGGCUAUCCUCUACUCCAAGUACAAACCUGCCAAGAUGCGUGAACACCUCGAACUGUUCUGGUCACGAGUCAAUAUACCUAAGGUGUUACGCGCAGCGGAACAUGCUCAUCUGUGGUCGGAGCUAGUAUUCCUGUACGAUAAAUAUGAAGAGUACGAUAACGCUGCGCUCACAAUGAUGCAGCACCCUACUGAGGCGUGGCGCGAGGGACACUUCAAAGACAUCAUCACUAAGGUGGCGAACAUGGAACUGUACUACAAAGCGAUACAGUUCUACCUUGACUACAAGCCGCUACUUCUUAACGACCUACUGCUGGUGCUGGCGCCGCGUAUGGACCACACGCGCGCCGUCAACUUCUUCACCAAAGCCGGCCAUCUGCAACUUGUGAAGGCAUACCUGCGGUCUGUGCAGAGUCUCAACAACAAGGCGGUCAAUGAGGCACUCAAUUCACUACUUAUCGAUGAGGAAGAUUACCAGGGCUUACGAACAUCCAUAGAUGCAUUUGAUAAUUUCGACACAAUUGCAUUAGCUCAACAACUUGAAAAACACGAACUUACUGAAUUUAGAAGAAUUGCUGCCUACCUGUACAAAGGGAAUAACAGAUGGAAGCAGAGUGUCGAAUUAUGCAAGAAGGAUGCUUUGUACGCGGAUGCCAUGGAGUACGCAUCCGAAUCGCGCCAGCCCGAGGUUGCUGAAGAGCUGCUAAACUGGUUCCUCGAGAGAGACAACUACGAAUGUUUCUCUGCGUGCCUCUACCAGUGUUACGACCUCCUGAAGCCCGAUGUUGUAAUCGAAUUAGCAUGGAGGCAUAACAUCAUGGACUUCGCAAUGCCAUUCCUUAUUCAGACUGUUCGAGAGUUAACGACAAAGGUCGAGAAGCUUGAGGAAGCUGACGCGAAGCGCAGCACGGAGAGUGCAGAACACGAAGCCAAACCUGCCAUGAUCAUGGAGCCCCAACUCAUGCUUACUGCAGGCCCGUCGAUGGCAUACCCUGGUGUGCCGGCGCAGGCGUCCCCGUACGCGUACGCCGCACAAGCCCCGUCGCCGGCGCCCUACCACGGUUACGGCAUGUAGGGAACCGCCGCCCCUCACGGCUGGGGGAACUAUGCUCACUUUUGAGCCUCCGUGCCCUCCGCCCACGUGCCGCGCGCCGCCGCCCUACGACAACACUCGACAUCUCCCGCCGUCACUCACCACCGGCGGCCGAGGUGCUGUCGCUCGCGGUCACGUCAGCUCUUUGCACGUGCGACUCCGUUUCAGUGACCUUACCCACAUUAAGUCAUGGGUUCCUUUCCUCGUCGAGGCCUAACGUUCGAGUUUGUUUUUCGGAUUAAAUAUAUUUGUAAAAGAAAGUAUUAUAUUGUAGGCGCAAGUGCAUAGAGACAUGAGAAAAUUUAGCCAUUUGGGGCUACGUAUAUGGAAUAAAAAUGAUUAGCCUGUACAAAUUAUAUUAAUAUAUAGAAAGCUAUGUAACUCUCAUGACUAAAAGUGCUUUAUUUUUAUCAGGCGUGAGAGUGUUCUAGAGAAAUUUAAUCAUGUCAGGGCUUUAGGACGGGUUUUAAAUAGUUAGCAGAAUAGAGUUCCAAGGAGACGAUGUUAUCUACACAAUGAAGUGAUGUGUAAAAUUUAAUUGUCCCUUGGAUACAUAUUACAUCGCCAGUUUUCAUGUAAUGCAAAAUGCAUACAAGCUGAUUAUGUCGAUACAGCGACUUACUAACUACGAUUGUAAAAAGUGUCGUAUCCCGCUAUAUUAAGUGCGAUGGAAUACGUGCGUUCACUCUUUAUCGGCAUUUCUAUAUUCUAAUAAAACAAUAUCUUAAAUGUUAUUAAAAUUGUAAAAUAUAUUAUGUAGUAAGCACAUUCAGAUGUGCGCAUUUCUAAAGUUUUGCCGUCUAGUGUAAUAGCUACGACCAAAUUAAUAGAUUUGUCGUCGAAGCUUAAUUCUCCAGUUAAAUCAAUAGUACACCUAUGUAGAUAGUUGUUCUACUUCGUAAUAAGUCUCUCGAAGAAUAAAAUAAUAUUAUUUUAUCAUUACACACUAAAUCGUUUAUUAUUAUCAUUUCUGUAUUACUCAUUUAUUUUUGUAAAAUAAUGAGUGGUAUUUGUUAUUUUUAUACAAGAAAUAUUAGAUAUUGAAUUGUAACAAUAUAUUGUUUGAUUAGACAGGCCUAGUCUGACUAUACAUUAUAUAAUAGUGCAAUAAAUUAGUGCUGCUCUAACUGCUGUGUUUCAACCGAUACAAAAUAUGAAUGGAAUUCACCCAGCGAAUAUAUAAAUUCUAUUUCUUGUUGUCAAGUUAUAUGUAUAUAAUGCUUACAAUGUAGACGUCGGCACGGCCAGUUGAAAUUAAUCGAAAUUACCACACCGGAUUAUUCGAGUUAAAUAUUAAAUGAAUAUGUCUAGAUAUAUUUUAGGUAUAGUUUAGGUGGAAUAGUUAACGGUACGAUGUUAUUUUUCCGUGUAAUGUACGCCGUGUGCAAUGAUAAGAUCACACGUGUUGCUUAUGUUGCGUUAUUGUAUUUAUCACAUUGAUUGAUGCCUUCAUUAGAUGAUUAAGGUACAAAUUAUGUACUGGCAAGCGUUUCCGGGCCCUCCUCUUAUUUUUUUAAUUAUUAUUAAUAUGAUUGUUUUUACAAUAUUGACAUCCCAGGAAACGCUUUGUCGGCAUAAUGUAGUCCAGUCGACUCCACACAGCGUUACACUGGUGUAACAUUGUGAUUGUGAGUUGUUAUAUUAAUAAAUAAUCAUUGAUGUUAAAUGAUUCAUUCAAAUCAUUCCUAUCAUUAACAAAUUUAAUGAUCAAUAUUGUUAAAAAUUUCUUUGGUAUAAUAUAACAAAUUAAUAACAUAAAAUAGUGAAAAAUUCAUUGUUUAUUAUUAGCAUUGUAUUUAUUCAUGUAUGAUAAUGUUUCCCUGAAUUUUAUUAUAGUAAGAUUAUAUUAUAUGAAUAAAUUA